AAGUCUCAUCACCUUGCCAAAUGUUGUCAGACUAUAGCAAAUCCAUUCGUCGUCUGACAGCCACCCAAACAACCACUAGGAAAGUCGAAGAAUCAUUUACGGCAGUGGAAACAGCUGAUGUGUGCAAAUUCGCCCAGACUGAAUAUGCGCGAACGGCAGUAAGGCUGAUUGGGGAGGUGUCGGAUGGAUUCAGAAGUCUAAGCAAAAACGAGUUCGUGCAAGUGCGUGAUUACCUAAUGGUCACUACCUUAUUUGAGAAUACAGCUCGCCCUGGCCCAUUAGAGUAUUGCUUGCUAGACAGGUUUUGCCGUGCCACGUACGUGAAAGACAAUGACCAGUACAUAGUGAUAGUUGACGAGCACAAGACCACCAAGCAUCAGGGACCUGCCGAGCUGGUUGUUAAUGCGCAACUCUACCAUAUGGUGAAAGUAUACGCAGAUGUUAUACGGCCAGAGUUUGCUGUCAAAAGUGAAAAACAUCUUUUCAUCAAAGAAAAUGGCGAACGAUUUCCACAUGGCACCAUCGGGCGUCGGGUAGCUGAAACGUUUCAGCACGCUGGAGUAUGUACAGAGCAUCGUGUAACAGCCACAAGUAUACUCAAACUGUUCAGCUCAGCAGCAGACAAGCUUUCGGUGCAUGCUAAGCGAGUCGUCGCAUCUCACAUGAAGCACAAAACAACAACUGCUGAUAGAAAUUACGUCCUCAGUCUUAAUGCUAGAAAGGCCACUUCAGCACACAACAUCAUGAAAAGCAUUAUACAAGGAGCUACAGACUCUCCCAAAGGCAGUCCAACCAAAGCAUCCACUUCUGCAACUAAGGCUGUACAGUCUGAUGAUGAAGACGAUGAUGUCCCCCUUAAGGACCUCAAACUUAAGAAGCAACAGUCUACUGUUCCUGACAAGUCAGGUGAGGCAUCGACCUCCAAGUCCACUUCCAAACCUGCAAGCCUGACUGCAGAAGACCGUCUUGUGGCGAGGAGCAUAUUCAAGAAAGAGAUCAAGCGAGGAGAGUUUCUGUCUGAGCAAGAAGUGCUGGCACAAAUGCAAAAUGACAAUCAUCUCAAGAGUCUGGUGGUGCAGCCGCGUAAAGUGAAGAAAGUGUACGACUUUGUGCAGUAUUGCACAAAGCUUGCCAGGACUCUCAAAGACGUAGUUGAUCAACCAGAUGAUGACGGCGUUAAAACCCUACCUGACACUGGUUCAGUGUCCUCAAAGUCAUGUAGGCAAUGGGAUGCUGAUGCCGUGGAGGUCUUAGAAAACUUCUUUCACCCAAUUAAGACUAUGCCUCUGAGAAGAGAAAUAAUGCAUCUAUUUGAAACCGACAAUGUUCUCAAACACAUCUCUGCCACAAGAAAAUAAAGACAUUGUACAAGAAGUGUUCUCAGA